AUGGGUGUUCUCUCUCAAUAUGACUACCUAUUUGCUAUAGGUACCAUGUUUGCAUUUUUGGAUGCUUUCAACAUCGGGGCCAACGAUGUAGCCAAUUCCUGGGCUACCAGCGUGAGCUCGAGGAGUGUGACAAUGAAACAGGCUAUGGCCUUAGCCACUGUCAUGGAAUUCAGCGGAGCCCUCGGUGUUGGAGCUCGCGUUUCCGAGACGAUCCGCACGAAAGUCAUCUCCACUGAGCUUUUUGAAGACGAUCCAGCUGUGCUCAUGUUGGGCAUGGUCUGCGCUGUUGUCUCCUCGUCGAUUUACCUUACCUUCGCUACAAAGUUUGGCCUUCCGGUCAGCACGACUCAUUCGAUAAUGGGUGGAGUUAUUGGCGUAGGGAUUGCGACAGUCGGAACAUCAGGAAUCGAUUGGAGCAUAGACGGAGUCUCCUCAGUCUUCAUUGCAUGGGUGUCGGCUCCCGGGAUUUCUGCGUGCCUGGCAGCCAUUAUUUUCCUAAUCACCAAAUACGGGGUGAUGCUGCGGAGCGAUCCGGUCAAGAAGGCUUUCUAUGCGAUCCCUGCUUACUUCGCGCUUACAUCAGGGCUGCUCACUAUGCUCAUUGUAUGGAAGGGAGCCUCUUCCAGGAUUAAACUUUCCGGCGGCGAGAUUGCAGGAACCGUCAUCGGUGUUGCUGCCGGUGUUGCUCUUCUGGUCUGUGUUUUCUUCCUGCCAUACCUUUGGCGCAAGAUCAUCCAUGGCGACUGGCAACUUAAGUGGUGGCAUAUCCCCUAUGGUCCACUAUUACUCAAGCGUGGAGAGAUUCCUCCGCGCCCUGAGGGUGUCUCUGAUGAUAUCAAGGAUUACUCGGCUGGCCACGGGACAAGCGACGGGCAAGAGGCGCAGGCAGCCCAGCAGAGCAACAGCCACGGCGCCGACGACUUAGAGAAGCAGACGAACCCGAAGAGCGACUAUUCCGACUCGAUUGCACCGACAUCCCCAGAAAUCCAGCCCAAGGCUUCCAGUCCGGCCGAGACGGCUGCUAAUAAGCAACCUGAGGGCAAAUGGUACCAGCCUGCGGUUUUCUUCUAUCUGGCCAAGCGGGCAAUCUUUCACGGAGUCGAGAAGGACGUGAUCAGCGCUCAGUCAAAGCGUAAUCUUCUUUCGGGAGAUGCGAACGAAAGAAGUGUCUUAUCACAGCACUUCGACAACAGAGCCGAGUACAUGUAUUCCUUCUUACAGGUUUUAACCGCAUCAACCGCAAGCUUUACGCACGGCGCAAACGACGUCAGCAAUGCAGUGGGUCCGUACGCCUCUAUAUUUUUAAUCUGGAACACGGGAAAUAUAUCCUCAAAAGUUCCUGUGCCCACCUGGAUUCUGGCUUUUGGCGGCGUGGGUAUUGUAAUCGGUCUUUGGUCUUACGGCUACCAUAUUAUGGCUAAUCUGGGGAAUAAACUUACCCCUCACAGCCCCAGCCGUGGGUUCUCGAUGGAACUGGGAAGUGCUAUCACCAUCAUCAUGGCUACGCAGUUGGCUCUUCCUGUCUCAACGACACAGUGCAUCACGGGCGCUACAGUCGGAGUUGGCCUUUGCUCGGGUACUUGGAGGACCAUAAACUGGAGAAUGGUGGCCUGGAUCUACUUUGGAUGGUUUAUAACUCUUCCAGUAACGGGAAUUGUCUCGGGAUGCUUGAUGGGCAUAAUCAUCAACGCGCCGCAGUUCGGGUACGCCAGUCGGUGA